CGAGAGAGAUAAUUUGUCUUUGUUCGUAGUGCACUUUAGUUGGUGCUACGACUUCCAAUUUUCAAAGACCCACUUGUGUUGUGCCGUGCGUCGCUAUGGUUAAAUUGAUCGUCGCAAAUGCACGACAUAAUCGUCACCUCCAUGCUCUCAUUUAACAUUCCAUUCCGAAGUGGUGUCAAUUGUUGUGUGCGUGCGUUAAUUAACGUUAGUGAUGACAAUCUGACGAUUCGUCCAUUUCAUCUCGGAGGAACAGUUCGGAAUAGUUAAUUGAAUAAUUCUCGCGAUGACAUUAGCUCUCACAAGGAUAGAUUACACGACAGUAGGAGUCACUUCACGCGGCACGACCGUGCUAUUUCCUCCCAAUGAGGCGAAGCAACCGCAAAAAUUCGCCGUUGCGGAUCACGACGGCGUACUGCAUAUCUACGGCAUGAAAAAGGGAGAGCCGCAAUUGUCGUUUAAAUCUCUGCCCGGUCCAAAAAUCCACAAAAUGGUGCUCAGUGGCUCGAUAGGUAUGUUAAGGGAUAAGGUUUUCAUUGCGUAUGGCAGCUCCGUAAAGGGAUUCACGAGAAAGGGCAAGAUGUUCUUAGAGUUUGACACCAGCCUUAUAGAUCCGAUUUCCGCGCUGUACGUCCAUGGUGCGGAUCUCGCGGCGUGCGCGCGUGAUCUUUAUCACAGGUACAAAGACUGCAAAGACGCCGACUCGUACUUGGCCGGAGAGACGUUGUACGAUGUCGUGCUCUUACCUGGGGAAUACAAUGCGGUAUACGCUAUUCUAGCUUGCGCGGAUAGCGCGGUGCGCGUCUUGCACGGUACAAAGAGCCCGACAGUUCUAAGAUUGCCAAGUGCUCCUACGGUGCUCUCCGUAUACAGGGAAGGAGAUGUACAGUCCAAGGACCGCGUUCUGGUUGGCACCGCGGACGGUAGGAUCGGACUGUUGAUUCUUCAAGGCAACAAAACGCUCCGAAUCACUUGGCUGUUGACCUCGACAGGUUCAGAAAUUACCUCGUUGGACACCUUCGAAUUGCAAGAUGGCGUAGAUAUUCUUGUGGGUCGGCAAGACGGAGUGGUUGAAGUAUACACGUUCCCAGAGGAAGAUGUGCCCUCUACCUUGCGCUACCACUACAAUGCCGGCGAAAGUAUCAGUACAGUCGUAGGCGGGAUAAUCGGCAUCGCCAAUUAUCCCGAGGUCCUCGUAACGACUUAUUCAGGUCGGAUAUUCGGCCUGACCACCAGUCCUCCUGGGCUGCUGGAAGCCGGACAGAGCGACGUUGGACUGACUAAGUUGAAAUUGGAGAUACAGCAAUUGCAUGAGCAGCUCACCGAGGAGAAGGAGUCGUCCAAUUUCAUGCCGGAUCCCUUGGCACCUAUAAUAUUGGCAGUGAAUCAUAAGAUGAUAUUGCGCAAGGAAGACGCUUCGUACUCGUUGUCCGUAGAACUAGAUACGUCGAUUGAUAACAUUCUGAUACAGUCGGACACUCCUAUCGACCUGUUGGACACCGAAAACAAUAGCGCAGUGGUCAGCCUGUCCGCUUGCAAUCCCAGAGAGGGCAAUUUCGUUCUCGCCACUUAUCGAUGUCAGAUCAACACGAAUCGUCUCGAGAUACGAUUGAGAUCCAUUGAAGGACAGGCGGGUACCUUACAGGUCUACGUAACGUCCCAGAUACAGCCAAAACGUUGUCGUAAAAUCUUGGUUCCCAUAUACGCCUUGUCUCUGCACGUGAGACAGCAUGAGGAUGACAGCACUACGCAGUCUAGUGGUCCGUUCAAUGAGUUAAAGUUAAACGGCAGCUUUACGAUCGCCGAGAUGCACGCAUGGCUCUCCUUAGUCUUGCCAGAUGUACCCGAGAGGCCUCAUAUUCACGACGGUGAGGCUGCAUUGGUCUAUGUCUCGUUCUUCAUCGGGACGGUCCUCAAAUGCAAGUAUAAGAAAGGAAGCGCGCUCUUUCUCGGCGAAAAUAUAUCCAGCAUCAUAAUUCUCAGAGACAUACUGACGAAAGAGGCGACGAAACGUAAAAUCAAGUUGGACGUAUUUUGCGAACUUUAUCGUCGGACGAAUGAAAUGCACGAUGAUUCUCUCGCAGAAGUGGUAGACGGAAGCGUGUCCAGGGUGCUGGAGCUGAUUCUGCCGCGGCUAAACGCAGCCUACGAUUUGAUCCAGAAGAUAAAGAUUUUGGAUGCUCUCGACGAGUGGGAACUGAAAUCCAAUCCGAAGGAAAAUCUAUGCUCUGAGUAUCAAGAAGUAUUAGAGAAGGAGACGGAGACAAGGUCGCUUAUGGCGAAGGACACCGAGAUUCUGAAUAGAUUACAUGCGAUAAUCACCGACCUGUACGUGGAUUGGGAACGAGCGAAGCGAUCUCGAAGGAUUAAUGGCAAGGAAGCUGCGGCGAGGCUCAAAGAGGCGCUCGAGUCUAGAGACCUGGCUACUAUCUUGCAAGUUUUCAUCGGUCAAAAUGACACGACCAUGCCGACUUUAAUACCCGCGGCCAUUUAGAACAUCCGGAGAUGAGCAAAAAGUGGACCAAUGUAUUUCUAUAAACAUGUUCAAGUAGAAAAUAUAUUUUUCAACGACGAUUCACAAUAUAUAAAUCGUUAAAUUG